UUGGCGAACACGGAAGAAAUAAACCGUGGUACCAGCUCAAAGUCGGCUAACUACUGACUGACCCUGGGGAUAAAAAAGAACACCGUGUAAAAUGUGAGGGUUUUAUGCUGAAACAGAGAUGCUUACUGUCAUAUUUAGAGGAAGCACCUUUGCAGCCCAGAAGGUAUUUCACUGGGCAGGUCCUCCACAAAGAUGCUGGACAUCAGCCUUGACUAGAGCUUCUGAUGGUGGAUCCGGCUCCCUGCUGGCCUGCUGGGCCUUAUCAGCAAGGGCAUCUACAGAAAGGGACAAUGGACUUUUAAAACCUCCUGCUGUCCUUGGUUUCAUGAGGACUGAGCCCUUCCUUAGGACUCAAACCCAUGUUGCUCCAUUCCUAGUGAGGAACCAAUAUUUCCACUCGUCUGCUGUGAGGUUGAAGAAGCGACUGCAGCCUGAACCUCCUCCCAGAGAGCUGGAUCUGCUGCGCUAUGACAUGAAGGACUUGUGGAAGAGUCCCAAACCUGCUUUGUACCUGGGGUUUGCAGGGCUGAUCCCCUUUGUGGCCCCUGCUGUGCUCAUGGCUGUGACUGAGAGCUACUUCCCAGAACUGGCCUAUGCACAGUUAGCCUACGGUGCCUCCAUCGUUUCCUUCCUGGGUGGAGCACGCUGGGGAUUCGCUCUUCCUGAAAGCAGCCCAGCCAAACCAGACUGGAUAAACCUGGCCAACAGUGUGGUUCCCUCCCUGUUUGCCUGGGUGGCCAUGGUGAUGAGCGACAGCAUCGUUCCCGCAGCCACCAUGGUUAUUAUGGGACUUGGAAUCUCGUUGCAUUAUGAUCUGUCUUUGCUGCCCACUUACCCCAGCUGGUUCAAAGCCCUGCGCUCCAUCCUGACAACUGUGGCAUUUUUUUCUCUAGUUGGUACACUCAUAAUAAAUGGAAUAUACCCAGAAAAAAAACUUUUUUCAGAUUAAUUAAUAUAAAAAAAAUUUAAUACUGUAAUACUGGACAAGAGAUUCCUGUAUUUACACCACAGUUUUGUUUUGAUGAUCCAACAUCAAUGUAAUUCUUUAUUAUUUGUCUGCCCCAUUAACUGUCUUAAUCAGAGAGAGACGUGUAAGGUUGAAUGCUUUUGUUAGGAGUUGUAUGUUUUUAUGUUAUGCCACAGCCUGACCUGUAAAAUCAACAGAGAAAAAAAAUAUUUCAUGUGCACCAUCUUUCACAAAUGGGGUGCAGUUACCUAAAGACAAAAUUAUGUUUCCUCUUUUCUUGUCCAAAGGUUUUGUCUUCCGCAUCCAGCCAUUAUAUUAAAGCCUCUAUGUGUAGAAAAUGUGAAUGUGAGUGUACAAUCUUUGACAUUGUUCAGAGGAAAUAAGUAUUUGUCAGUGAUUUUUAAAACUGCCACUAGGAGUCGCCAAAGGUAAAGAAUUUCUAAUCUUAGAAUGGAAAAAAAAUCAUGUCCAAUGCUUAAGUCCAUGCUUAAUGAAUAUAAAAUAAAUGAGCUUGUAUCUUAUAACAUUUGUUGUUCUUUUUUGACUAAGGAAGAUUGAUCAUUUAAUCAACAUUUUUAUAGUUUUUUCAAAUCAUUUACAAAGUGAUGCCUGAAAUCUGUGUUUUUAAGGACACUCAGAAGUGAUUAAUUUAGGUUAUUUAGGUUACAUAUUUAAGAAUCUGUAACCAGCAAAUGUUUCAUGUUUUAAUUUAACAAUUAUUCUGUUAUCCAAAUCCAAAUAAGUUUUGAUUUGAGGUUUUUUUCAGCAGGGAUUUGAUAGCAGGAAAAGCAAUUCUUUUCUCUCAGUCCCUUUGUUAGUGUACUAUUACUAAUUAGUAGAGCCACUCUUACUGUGUCCUUUUACAUGCUUAGGAUCAGACAGUUAAAGUCAGGAGUAAUGACAUCACAGGGGAAAAGGGUAUUACAUAAGAUCUGAAAUGGAGUAAUCUGUACUUAAAGCCUCAGGGUCAACUGCACACCAUCAGAUGGCACAACACACAGGGCUCCAGUGAAAGCUUGUACUCGGUUUAGAAUAUAUGGAGGUUUAAAACUAAUAUCAAAUACAUUCAUUCAAAUUAAAACUCAUUUUAACCACAACAAACUGAAAGUAAAUGCACUCAAAUCUUCUCGUGUGUAUUCAAAUGUUUUUAUUACUGUAAACACCAGUGUCUAAUUAGCCAAAUAUUGGAAAGAAAGGCAAGAAAAGGGAGGGUGGAGAAGUCCACAGACAUCUGAGAGAAAUCACAUAAGGCACAUUACUCCCCUGCUCACAAAACUCACUGAAAAGGUGCCAUAAUAAUGUCCGAUAUCAAGGGGACCUUUGUGGAACUAACAACACAAGUGAAAUCCAUUCUCAAAAGACAAUUCCUGCCUCAGAAAUUAACAGUGAAUGUCCAAUGUGUAAAUACAUUAUUGCACUUUGAAAGUUUCCUCAGAUUGCUCACACAAUAUUCAGGGGAGCUGUAUAAAGCUGGAACAGUGUCUGGAAUUAAAUGAACAAUGACACUUAUCAACUGACUGACUACUUUUGAUAAUCACAGAGAAGAAAUAGCAAAAUUAUGUUACCCCACUUUAGCAGAUGAUAUCUUGGAUUUCCCAUCAGAAUCAAGACUGGUACAAUAAGGUGCUUUUUGGUCAAAUAUUAGAGGAACAUGUGACACAUUUCUGGUGACGUGACAUCAACAGGACCAAUACUUAAAAUGACUUAUAUAAAAACAUUGACAUUUCUACUCAAACUAACAAUUAAACCAAACAUAAAUGUCUUGAAAUCAAAAAAAAAAAAAA